AUGACACCGAGUGGGUUUUUGAACGUGCGGAAGCCUGCGGGGCUGACGUCGCAGCAAUGCGUGGGGACGAUACGCCGAGCGUUGGAUGCACGACGACGGGUCGGACACGGCGGGACGCUGGAUCCGAUGGCGACGGGAGUUUUGACGGUUGCUGUGGGCCGAGCCACGCGCUUUCUGCAGUUCCUGACGACGGGGAAGGAGUACCGAGGCGUGAUUCGACUGGGAGUGACGACCGACUCGGACGACGUUACGGGCGAAAUAUUGACGCGACAUGCGGUUCCAUGGGUCACGGAAGAAGCGGUGCAAAGGGUUUUGCAGAGGUUCAUUGGACCGAUUGACCAAGUGCCUCCACGGGUCAGUGCUAUCAAGAAAAAUGGCGUGAGGAUGUAUAAAUUGGCGAGAGCGAACAAGGAAAGGAUUGAUAGGAAGAGAGAAUUCAGUGUCCCGUCGAGACGAGUGUAUAUUGAGCACAUUGACGUCGAGAAGUUCACGCAGGGAGAUUUUCCAGAGGUUGAGAUCCGCGUUGAUUGUGGAGGAGGCACGUACAUCAGGUCAAUUGCACGUGAAUGUGGCGAGGCGUUGGUGGUUCCGCCCGAGCAAAUAGACUCAUCCUACGAUUUACGCAACCCUGCCGGUGAUUUGUGUGUUGGAGGCACGCUUAUGAAGCUGGAGAGGACUCGUAGUGGCGUCUUCUCCAUCGCCGAUAGUCUGAGUUUGGAUGAGAUUCGAGCGAAAGCGGAGAAAGGAGACGUCCCGCUUCGACCGAUGGAAAGCAUGUUGCAGCAUCUUCCGUUCGCGGAGUUGCCUCAGUCUACUGUCCAACGCUGGCUGAAUGGCGGUGUUGUGGCUGUCCCGGCAGACGAGAUCAACUGUGCGAAAAAGAAGCACUACAGCCUCAUCAGUGGCAAGCCCAUUCGCAUUUACAGCCGUUCCUCACCAGAACUGCUUGGCGUCGCACAAGUGGACCCGCAGGCACAGCGAAACGAGUUUGUACUCAGAAAGCGUUUAUUCAUCUAG